AAGAAAUGUUGAGGUAAGGAUUGCGUUAUUUGGAAACCAUGGUGGAUACAGCCGAAUAUCAAUGGCCCUUUCCCGUGAGAUUGAUGCUCGUUUGAAGACGAAAUGUGAUAAGGUAGCUGAUGCUUUUGUGAUGGAUGAUAUUGUUCUUGAGCAGAUAUUGGGAGUACUGAUUAAGCUUGUCAAAGAUUUGAAGCUGCAGCAUCAACAUAAAUAUGACGAUUUUCAGAAAACUGGGCUGAGCAAAAGGUGCAUCCCACGUCAGUUAGAGAGGAAAACGAAGCACCCUUUAUAAGGGUGCAGAAACCUCUCUCUAGUUAACACAUUUUAAAAUCUUGAG